AUGCCCAAAAACCCUAAGUUUGAAUAUGAUGCGAAGCAGCCUGCAUUUCUCCAAAAGCUCCGUGGCGAAUAUGGGGACAACUCUGGUCGCCUGGAGCGGCCUGCCGUACGAGCAACCAGACUGAAGGUCAACAAGGACGAUGAUGAUGACGAGCCUAUCUACGUCGAUGAAGAGAGCAAUGAGGUGAUAUCCAAAGAGGAAUACAAGACACUGGUUGGCGAGAGCGAGUCCAAGGAAGAGGACAAGGAUGGUCCAACAAAGGGCAGUGGUGGGGAUGAAGCCAAGCCCCAGGCAGAAGCCACCAAACAGAGCAAUCUCACCGAAGUUGGAGGCCAGAAGAAGCGAAAACAAGCCAAAGUGGUGGGUGAAGACAAGACAGAGAUCGAGGAGCAACCCAAGCCAACGGCAAAAAAUCGAAGAAAGGCAAGAAGAUCAAGCUCUCUUUUGACGAGGAAUGAAUUCACCGUUGCAUUUCAGCCUGGAAAUUCUCCAUGA